GUUUUUUUCCAUUAGAGGAGGAGUGUGUUUUUUUCUUUGACCCCUUUUCGUGACAAUGCCAUUUGGGCCAAAAACAGCCUGAAAGGCGAGAGUGAGGGAUGUUCAAACUCUGCGUGCUCGCGGUUGCUCUUUUUAGAGCUCAUGCUACGGUCCUCUUCGCCAGCCUGGGCGACAAUGUGACCCUUCCUUGCUUCUUUGACUCAGAGGCCACAUAUCUGUCCUGGUACAAGCAGGUUGCAGGUGACAAGCCCGAAAUUGUCCUCUCUUACUACGUCUACUUGGACAAUUCCCACAGCCAUCAGAAAAUGGGGGUGUUCAGCGAGCGACUGACAGCUCACCAAGGAGCAAACUUCUUCCACCUAAAGAUUUCUGGUGUGGAGCUCUCGGACACGGCUGUGUACUAUUGUGGGCAGACUCAUCUCACCGUCACCAGCUUUGACAAUGGAAUAUUUUUGCUUGUGAAAGAUUCAAGCCGACUAUCUGUUAGCCAGCGUCCAACAUCUAUCUCGGCAACUGAGGGGAGUUCUGCUGCCUUACAAUGCACCACGCACCCUGGAAUCAGCAACGGACAUCACAGGGUCUACUGGUUCCGAGAGGCCUCACGGGACUCCUGUUUUGGAAUGACGUACGUCCACUCGGAGAACAGCAGCAGGUGUGCGAAAGUGUCCGAGCGGCGCUGCGUUUACAUGCUGUCCAAGAAGGACGUCACCCUUGCUGACGCGGGGUUGUACUACUGCGCAGUGGCCUCCUGUGGGGAGAUAGUUUUUGGCGAGGGUUCCAGGCUGGAUGUUGGAGGACAGACCCACACUUGGUUGACACCCUGCCUGAUUGCAGCUCUGCUUUUGUCCAUAUUCUUCAACAUCCUACUUGCUCUUGCUUGCCAAAAGUCCAGAAGACAGCAGCUUCUGCAGGACGGAGCAAAUAUGCAGACAAGUGUCCUGGAAGACAAUGUGGAUGAUGAGAUUGAGGACGCUUUGCCAUACGUGGCUCUGGACUUCAAAAAGAGACAGUCCAACAGCAGGAGACAGAAGAGCCCCGAGCACACCAUCUACGCUGGAGUGAGACUCAAACAUGUAGACUGAUGUUUGCAAAGUCAUUAUUCUAUUAUUGUUCCUAACAUUGCUUUUGCACAAUGUGUGACAAAGGGCGGUACACAGAAAAUGUGAUCUGAAUUCACAUGCGAUCUCCUUUCUAAAUAUCAAAUAUUUUCAUGUUACUUGCAUAACAAACUCAAAAACAGCACAUUCGUACUGUUCAAUGUCUUUGUCCCUUAGAAAGCCUCGCUGGUCGGGACAAGUUGGCUCCAUUGCCCUUCCUUAGCGAGGAGAAGCUUUUGAGAAAAACAUUUAAUUGACUUUUCAUUUGAGUUGCAUUUUGUACUUGUAUAAAUGUAUUACAGAGCGAGCGAUCAUUCCAUUUUUUUUACUGGAUGCAUUAUUUUGUCUUUCUAUUGAUUCCUGUAAAAGAAAGUCCCUCCGAAAAUUAUUCUUUCGGGACCUCUCAUGAAAUACAACAAUCAGACCAUGAAUUGAUUAACGUGGACCCCAACUUAAACAAGUUGAAAUAUGUAUUCGCGGUUACCAUUUAGUGGUCAAUUGUACGGAAUAUGUACUGUACUGUGCAAUCUACUAGUAAAAAUUUCAAUCAAUCAAUCAAUCAAAAGACAGAUGGCACAUUCUCCUUUCCAUGGCAUAUGUGUGUGUGUGUGCAUGCAUGUGUAGUUUUUAGGGUUAAUCUUACAACUGACGACGAUAUGAUACGGACACAAUUCUUGGUUCAAACUGAUUCUCACAAUAUUACAUUUUGCAUGUAAAAAUAUAAUAACCCUUUUUAAAACAGGAUACAAAAAUAUCUCUCAGAUAUGUUAAUUUUUGUAAUCAAAUGUCUACAGAUGAUACCCCAUUCUGAAUCAGAAUCAGACAAAUACUUUAUUAAUCCCUGAGGGGAAAAUAUAAAUUUCAGCACAAUCCCAUUCAAGAUCAGACAAACAUUACAGGGACACAGAACAGGAUCGCUGACGGGUCUGCCAACUUCAGGCGCCCCCUUACAAAAAAGGUGAGAUACAGGUAAAUAAGUGGAGGGGAAUGGGAGAAAAAAACAAAAAAUUAAAAAUAAAAUAAAAUAAAAUUUCCGACAACAUGAAAAGUUUUUUUAUUUUAUUUUUCAAAUGUAUAAAAAAAAAAAAAGGUAAAUCCCAUACACAUAAGUAUUCACAGCCUUUGCUCAAUACUUUGUU